GGGGAGUCUAGCCAGGCCCUUCCGGCCUUUGUGCCUCAGUUUCCCCACAGAGGGCGGCGUAGUGGGCGGCCUGCUGUGUCCCUGUUGGGACUGCAAACGUGCGCGUCCGCCGGUGGGUUUCACGUAGGCUGCGGGCGCGUCUGGCCCGCCGGCGCGGGGAUCCGGCCCGGGGCGCGGCCACUCUCGCGGUUGUGGACGCGUUCCGGCCAGUGUGGACAUCCCGCAGCGGCCUGGAAUACGAGACUGGACAUGACAGCUCAGAAUAUUCCUGAGGAAGAAGAACUAUCCUGUGACAUGGAAAUGGAGGGAUUUAGAAGAGAGGGUUCCCAUUUCUUUCCUGUAGGCGACUCUUGGGACUGCAAGAACCAGGAGGAGCAUUUGAGGCAAAUGGCUUUAACUCAAGAUAAACUAGGGACUCAGGAAGCCAUCUGUGAGUAUCCGGGAUUCAGGGCACAUCUGAGUAUAGGCUCAGACUUUCUGCCAUCUCAGAGAAUUCCCACAGCAAAUGGUUUCCAUGUACAUGACUCAGAUGUUACAGGUUUGGAUUGUAACCCAGCCUAUGCAGCUAAGAGAACUGGUGAAAGUGAGGCCUGUGAAAAAGUCUUCAGCCAGUCCAUUGACAUUAUUCAAUUUGGAAGAAACCAAACGAGAGAGAGACCCUGUAAACACCCUGAAAGUGUUCCAUCUUUCAACCAUUUUAACCCCCUUGGUGAACAAAAAAUAGUGAAAAGAAGCAAGAAACUCUAUGAAGGUAAGGACUUUGGGGACAUCUUUGCCCUGAGUUCGUCUCUAAAUGAAAACAGGAGGAGCCACCCUGGAGAGAAACCGUAUAAAUGUACUGAAUGUGGCAGAUGCUUCAAACGGAACUCUUCUCUUGUUUUGCAUCACCGAACUCACACUGGAGAGAAACCUUAUACUUGUAAUGAGUGUGGAAAGUCCUUCUCCAAGAACUACAACCUGAUUGUGCAUCAAAGGAUCCAUACAGGAGAGAAACCCUAUAAAUGCAAUAAAUGUGGGAAAGCCUUCAGUGAUGGGUCAGCUUUGACACAGCAUCAGAGAAUUCAUACUGGGGAGAAACCUUACGAAUGUCUAGAAUGUGGAAAAACCUUCAACCGAAAUUCAUCCCUUAUCUUACAUCAAAGAACUCACACAGGGGAAAAACCGUAUAGAUGUAAUGAAUGUGGGAAACCCUUCACCGACAUUUCCCACCUCACCGUGCAUCUCAGAAUCCAUACAGGUGAGAAGCCCUAUGAAUGUAGCAAAUGUGGAAAGGCCUUCCGAGAUGGUUCAUACCUCACCCAGCAUGAGAGGACUCACAGUGGAGAGAAGCCUUUUGAAUGUGCAGAGUGUGGGAAAUCCUUCAACCGCAACUCUCAUCUCAUUGUGCAUCAGAAAAUCCAUUCUGGGGAGAAACCAUAUGAAUGUAAAGAGUGUGGAAAAACGUUCAUCGAGAGUGCUUACCUCAUCAGGCACCAGAGGAUUCAUACUGGUGAGAAGCCCUAUGGCUGUAACCAGUGUCAGAAACUUUUCAGGAACAUUGCUGGCCUCAUCCGCCACCAGAGGACUCAUACUGGCGAGAAGCCCUAUGAGUGUAAUCAGUGUGGCAAAGCUUUCAGGGAUAGUUCCUGUCUGACCAAGCAUCAGAGGAUUCACACUAAGGAGACCCCAUACCAAUGUCCAGAAUGUGGGAAGUCCUUCAAGCAGAACUCUCACCUGGCAGUACACCAGAGACUUCAUAGCAGGGAGACUCCAAGCCAGUGUCCUCAGUGUGGGAAAAUGUUUAGGAGGAGCUCGUCCCUCAUCCGACAUCAAAGAACACAUCUUGGAGAGAAACCCGUAGAAAUAUAACAAACUUUUCUGGCUCACUGUGAGAAAUCUGUGUAAAUGAGGCACAUUUUCAGAUGUGACUUCUUCUUGGUCAGUAGAAGAGAAAUUUUUAAUCUCUCCAGUGAAUUGAUGAACAUGAGACAUUCCUUAGCCACAUUGUUAAAUCUAUAAUUAGGGAAAUCCUGGUGAGAACACAGGAUGGUAAUAAAUGUGGAAAAGAGUUUCAGGGAUGAUUCAGCCUGUACCAAACGUGAUAGCACAUACACUGGAAUAAAACCUGUGAACAUAAGGAAGAUACUUCGCCAGAGGCACCUGCCCACUUCUCCUUCAGUGUGAUUAAAGUGAAAAGAACCUGUGAAAUGUGUUCAGUAAGUAAUCAGUAUGAUGAGUCAGGGAGUUACCACCUUAUUGUAUAUAAGCAAACUCUUAACUAGAAUCAAACAUUGUAAGUGUAGUCAGUGAAAGAUGCUUUUAGCAAGAGCUCAUACCGUCCUUUGUGUAUCAGCAAAGGCAUACUGAUGAGAGAGCCUAUAUAGUGCUCUACCCCACAGUAACCACAGAAACCCUGUUUGAAUGUUAUUUCUGAACAAAAUGCCUGCCUAUUAUAUGGUGCUGCAGAGUGCUGAGGAGUCAUUACAGAAGGGGCAACUGGUUGAGGAAGUUGCUUGUGAAUGACCACUGAAGUCAUUCCUUUUAAGAAAAGGCUAAAACAGACUCCUAUUAAAAUGGGAAAGGCAGCUGCUGAGAAAUGUAAUGUGUUCCUUUAGUUGAAACAAAAAAAAAUUCAGUCAUUAUGUUUACAUUAUCACUCCCUGUUGUUGUUCACUUAGGACACUUCCAACUUGUUUCCCGCAGCCCCUCUGAACCAUAAGUUUAAAGAGUUGUUGCCGUGUUGAAAAUGCUUAUACUAUGGCAGGCAACAAAAAGCACUUACAAAAUAAAGGUUCACUGUCAUUCCAGGGAUGUAAAGAUACAUGAAUAUAUGGAUGUAGAUUGGUAGUAGACAACGGAGACAUGAACAUGAUGGCUUUUUUUGGUGACUGGAAUUGUGUAUGGUUUUGUCCUCUAUUAUACAUCAUACAGUGUUGCUAUAAUAAUUUGAUAAUAAAUAAAAAUAAGUAAAGCCAAAAAGAGGUGAAAUUUGUGUUUCUUUGGAUCUCCUUGGCCAGUUGGGCUAGAUCAGGGCCACAGGGCAGCUGUCAGCACAGAUGGGGCCAUCAGGACAGAAUCAGGAAAUCCAGUGGCUCGGGGCAUGAGAAUCAUUUCCUUCUUUGGGACUUGGAUUAUCAGGGGGCAUCAUUGUGUAGGAGAGGAUGGGUCUUAGUGAAUGAGGAACAAGAGGCUGCUUCAAGUUUUCAGGUGACCUCUGGACAUCCCUACUGAAACAGUGCAGCACCAGCCACAUGAAAGCUGGUCAGCUAGUUGACAGUCCUAAAGCCCUCUGGGUGGCUCCCCUUGGAAUUCCACUUCGCCUUUUAUCCCCUGUGUUUUCAGACAUCUAUGGAGGGAGGCUUGAAGUGAAGUCCUCUGGGCUAAUUAAGGCUUUGAGUUGCAUGAGUUAGAAAUUAGCUGUCUUGGGGCCUCCAUGUGGGUGCUUUCCCUGACAGGAAGAACUCAUCAGAUGAGUCCAAAACAGGAGAAACAAGGGUGACCAUAGCCCUACCUGCCUUUGGUGCAUCCUGUCCUUGUAGUCCUUGAAUGUGUGGGCAAACUUUUUGUGACAAUUGAUUUCAGGUCCAUACCUAUAGGCUUUUUUUUUUUUCUUUCCCCUGUGAGGAUGGUCCUUUCAUCAGGUUUUCAGAGGGUGGGUAAGAAACAUUGACUCAAUAUUUGUUGGAGUUGGAGUAGAGUUCUGAGAUUCUGGCUUCUCAAGAGGGAACAGUCUUGGAAAGGUACCACACCUAACCCACAGCCUUUCAGUGCUUGGCAUGGGGUCUCCCCAGGCAGUGUUAAUGACCUGACAGUCCGUUAGAUUUGCAAGCUAGGAAGAGGUUGGGAGAAGGAAGAGAGGGGAGAGGGGAAGAGAGGAGAAAAGAAGGAAGAGGAGGAAAACGGGAAGAAACAUUAAAGGAAGAGAGGAAGGAAUGAGGCAGCAGUACCUACAAAUAUCCUUGGCUGUAAACCAGUUUUCUGGGUCUUUUGCACACUUAGUCCAGUCUCAUCCUUGACACCCUCAGUCUUAUAUUCAACUAUCUUGUGCCCUGAUUUCUUUACCAAAUACUUCUUCCUCUGACCCGGAGGGUAGACAGGACUCUGCAUUGAAUUUUACUCAAGGUUUCAGGAACUUAACAGAAUAAAGCCAUUUUCUGUGCAUGCAGUCAUGCUCUAAUGCCUCUCUAAACAAAGGUAAGGAAGACAAGUCACAGGACUGGAGUGAGUGAGGUCCCUGGUGUCAGCAGCACAACAAUUAUGUGUUUCUAACUUUUUUUUUUAACCUGAUGUCUCCAUGGUGCUGAGAUUCUGAGGUCCUGACCGACAGGGACCAGUGGAGGGGGGUUUUAAGGUGGCCACACCUGUCUCUCAGAUGUGCCUCCUCUUGUGUUUGGUGUUUUGGGUAUGGCCUGCGUGGCACACAGUUCCUGGAUUGGGUCCAUGGGAGCUAUGUCACAGAGGAGAGGGAAAGCAGCCAGCACUGGGGUCCAGAAGAGGGUUGACAACUCCAGAGACAGAGCGGGGGGGGGGGGAGGGGAAAUAGGAAAGAACUGAAGAGAAAACUGCCCUGCGGUAACAUUUGGAGGAAAUAAAGGAUCUCCACCCAUUUGAAGGUGGUGAUCUCCAGGUGAGAGAUGCAUGUGGGUGGAAGGCUGGUGGGGACCUUCACUGAACCAUCAGAUAGGGACAUUCACAAAGUUGUGCACCCACCAUCACUAUCUAACUCUGAAAUAUUUUCAUUGCUUCCAAAAGAGGCCCCAUGCCCCUUAGUUGCCUCUCUCCAUACCCUUCUCCCCCAGGUCCUGACAACCACAAAUCUACUUUGUAUAGAUUUGCCUAUUUUGGACAUCGCAUAUAAAUGAAAUCAUACCGUGUGUGACCCCUGUGUCUGGUUUCAUUUACUUAGCGUGUUUUCAAGGUUCAUGCAUGAGAGAUGAAAUCCAAAUAGGUAAUAAGUGCAUGAAAAGGUGCUCAGUUUCAUUACUCACUGGGGAAAACAAUGUGAGGUACUACUUCAUCCCAUCAAAAUAGCUAAUAUGAAAGAAAAGGAACCACAUAGUACCAAGUGUUGGCAAGGAUGUGGAGCAGCUGGAACUCUCAAACAUCACUGGGGUGGCGUGUGUGUAAACCGGUCCUAUCUGCUAAAGCUGAACAUAUACAGUUACAGCGCUAGGCAUUCACCCAACAGAAAUGCAGACGUGCUCACCAAAAGACACGUACAUGAAUACUCAUUGCAACUCCAUUUGUAACACCACCAAAUUGGAAACAGCCCAAAUGUCCAUCAACAAGAAGAAAGAAUACAUGGUGGAGUAUUCAGGCAGUGGAGUAUUAUACAGCCAUGUAAAAGAAUGAACUGGAGUCCCAGGGUGGUGCAAACAGUUAAGCACUCAAUUAUUCAAAAGAUUGCUGGUUUGAGCCCACCCAGCGGCACUCCAGAAGACAGACCUGGUGAUCUGCUGCUUAGAGUUCACAGCCUUGAAAAAGCUACAGAGCACAGUUCUGACACACAUGGAUCAUCAUGAGUCAGAAUUGACUAGCUGGCAACUAACAACAACCACCCAGAGGAAGGAGUCCCUGAGCAGCACAAUCAGGUGCUCAACUAGUACCUCAAAAGUUGUGGAUUCAAGCACACCCAGAGACUGCUCAAAAGACAGGCCUGGCAAUCUGCUUCUGAAAGUUCAUGGCCUUGAAAAACCUAUGGAGCACAGUUCUUUUCUGAUAUACAUGGCUGGCCAUGAGUCAGAAUCGACUAACCAGCAACUAAAAACAACCCAGAGGAAAGAGUGCCUGGACAGUGCAGUUGGUUAGGUGCUUAACCAGAGAUUACCGGUUCAGACACACCCAGAGUCAGCUCAAAAGACAGGCCUUGCAGUCUGCUUCUGAAAGAUCACAGCCUUGAAAACCCUAUAGAGCAGUUUUACUCUGCACACAUGGAGUCACCACAAGUCAGAAUCAACUCAGAGCUAACAACAGCAAAAGAAUGGACAAGGCCACCAGAGCAACCUGGAUGACAGUCACAGGAAGGCUCUGGACACAGCAGGUGCUGUGUGGUUCUGUGUGUUGUCCAUGGUGGUACCAGGCAGAGCUAUGGGGACUCUGGGAGGAGUGGGACACCAGGGGCUUCUGAGGCUGGGCAUUUUUGGAGGACAUGGGGUGCUCGUGUGUCCUCCGGGCACUUUUCUGGUAGAUCUCAGAGGAGAAUGAAGAAGGAAGCCACAGUGUUGGAGGUUGCACAUGGAAGCACAGUGUGCUGGUCACAGGGUGGUGGUGGGCUGCGCUCUGCACCUGCCCUUGAAGCUCAGCCCUUACCCCAACGUCAGUUCUGUCCCUGAUGACGUCUAGCCCUGCCUGUAGCAUCUCAAGGGAAGCCUCAUCUGGGGCCCAGCUUGCUCAUGUGUGGAGCUGGGUGGCACACUGAUGUGAAUGCGCUGGCGACAGGAGAUGAGUUGUGUCU